ACUUGCGUCAGUUGAGAAUUUCACUUCGAUCGUUUUAGACAGUCGUCGCAGUUCUGGCUAAGAUACAGUUCCCCAUUGAUUCCAUAAAGUGAUUUUUUUUUAUUGAACUAAAACAGAGAAAAAUGGCUCCCCGCAACAAGGAACAAGAACAAGAAGUCCUCAACUGGAUCUUCGCUGUGUUGGGUGAAAAAGUACCCGCUGGCCAAUACGAGGACAUACUCAAGGAUGGCAUUGUACUCUGCAAGCUAAUUAACAAAUUGGCGCCCGGCUCGGUGAAAAAGAUCCAGGAACGUGGCACCAACUUCCAGCUGAUGGAGAACAUUCAACGCUACCAAGCGGCCGCCAAGAAGUACGGCGUGCCCGAAGAGGAAAUCUUCCAAACUGCCGAUCUGUUCGAACGCCGCAAUAUUCCACAAGUGACGUUGUCACUCUACGCCUUGGGACGCAUUACACAAAAGCACCCCGAAUAUACUGGGCCGUCGCUAGGUCCCAAGAUGGCUGAUAAGAAUGAGCGUGAAUUCACUGAGGAGCAGCUGCGCGCGAGCGAGGGUCACCUCAACUUGCAGAUGGGCUACAAUAAGGGCGCCUCGCAAUCGGGACAUGGCGGUUUCGGUAACACGCGUCACAUGUAAAGUAUGACGCCGGUGUUGGUGUGUCUCUCUGUGUGGCUAAGUCAUUCAUUCAAACUAAGAUAUACUUUCAAUGUUGGAGUAGCAGUUGUUUUUCUUUAAGGCUUAAUAUUUUAAAUAUUUUCGUUUUUUUGUAAACUAUGUUUAUUUU